AAGUGCAUUUAACUGCUGAGUGCGAUUGAGUGCGCAUCGUAAACUACGAACUCAAUGGAUAUACACAGUGCCACCAUGAGUAACUAUGUGGAUUGUAACUUUGAUGCAAUGGAUUUGAAAAACAGGAAAAUGCAACACUGUGAGGAUCGCGUUGAUAGUGGCUUGGAUUCGUUAAAGGAGGACGAGUACAGAAAACUUGUAGAGGAGAUGGAGAAUCUGACAAUGCCGCGUGAAAAACUCACAUACAACGAACCUUGGAAACAAGAAGUCACAGAGGACGGAGACACGUAUCUUCAUCUUGCCAUCAUCCAUGAGGCAGAGGACUAUGCCUUCCAGAUCAUCAAACAGUGUCAGAAUGACUCCUUCCUGAACAGACAGAACAACCAAAGACAGACUGCACUUCAUCUAGCCGUGAUCACGGAACAGCCUCAAAUGGUGGAGCGACUGCUGAAGGCCGGAUGUGACCCCUGCCUGGUCGAUCAAAGUGGAAACACAGCUCUCCACAUUGCUUGCAAAAGAGGGUCUCUCACUUGCUUUUCAGUGCUCACACAGAUUCAGACCCAGCACUUGCGAUCCAUCCUCACCUUCCCAAAUUACAGCGGACACACGUGUCUCCACGUAGCAGCCAUUCAAAAUUAUCUCUCAAUGGUGGAGAUUCUGGUCCAGCUUGGAGCAGACAUUAAUACAAAGGAGCAGUGUAGUGGCCGCACAUCGCUACAUUUGGCAGUGGACCUGCAGAACUUGGACCUGGUGCGAACACUCAUUGCUUUGGGAGCUGACGUCAACAGCCUUACCUAUGGUGGGUACACGCCAUACCACCUGACCUUUGGCCGACAGAACAGUGAAAUCCAGAGGCAGCUUUUUGAUCGGACCGCCCAAGAGCUAAUAGAAAUGACAGACAGCGAGUCAGAGAGUGAUGAAGAGCAUUCCUCUGAAGAUGAUUGUAUGUAUGAUGACAUCCAAUUUUGUGGGAGAUAGACUGGUUGUCAGAACAACAUUACUUAAAUGCAAAGCAGCGACAGCUGAAGAUGCUGUUUCGGAAAGUUUGUGCUGGGGUGUGCCAUUUCCAAGGAAGCUAUUGGGAUUUAGAGUGGCAAAACGUCCUCGGGUGACAUGAUUGUGAUGGUGCUAUUAAAGUUGGAAGAAUCCCAGAGAUAGUUGGAUGAAAAUCCUCUAAAUAAAACACCUUUGAAAUCUACUUUUGAAGCCAAAGACAUUUUGUAUAAAAAUGUGUAUAAUGUGUAAAUUAAAGAGAUAUAUUUUUAUACUUGUAAAUAUGUGAAACAAAAGACUUGUAAAUAAUGUUCAUUGAUUAUAUAACACUGUGAUAAUAUUUUUACAUUAAACAAUGACAAAAUGUA